UCACUCACUCCCUCGCUCGCUCGCGCGCGUCCGCCAAUGCGCACACGUCAGUGAGAUCGUUCUGCUCGUUCUUCUCGCGAGGAGGUACAUGCUGCUGCUGCUGCUGCCGCCGGACGCACUCGCGCUUACACGUUUCGAACCGCAGCCCGCCGAGUCAACUCGCCUUCACCGUUAAAACAAAAACCGUCGGCCGACGGCAAGCGCCGCUCCAUCGGCUCGAACAUGUCGCUGGUGGAGGAGUACGCCGAAGGGGAGUACGAGCGGGCGCCGAAGAGACUGAAGACGGCGGAGGUGGAGGAGGGAGAGGAGCUGGAGGAAGGCGAGGACUCGGACUCAGCAUCCGCGGGGCUGCUAGGAGACGAGGAGGAGGAGGAGGAGGCGCGGCGGCCCGGCGGCAAGAGCAGAGCCCGCUGGAGCGCGUCGAAAUACGGCUCUGGAAGGAAGGAUAACGGGGAUGAGACCCACAGGAUUGCCCCAUCUCCCGUGGUCCAUGUUCGGGGGCUUUGUGAAUCAGUGGUGGAAGCUGAUUUGGUGGAGGCUUUGGAGAAGUUCGGAAACAUAUGCUAUGUGAUGAUGAUGCCAUUUAAGAGGCAGGCACUGGUGGAGUUUGAGGACGUGGAGAGCGCUGACCGCUGCGUGGCAUGUGGCUCCAAUGAGGCCGUGUACAUUGCAGGACAGCAGGCCUAUUUCAACUAUUCUACCAGCAAACGCAUCACCCGGCCCACCAAUGCAGAUGACCCCAACAGUGGAAACAAAGUGCUGCUGCUAUCCAUUCAGAACCCACUCUACCCCAUCACUACGGAUGUUUUGUACACUGUCUGCAACCCCAUUGGCAACGUGCUGCGGAUCGUCAUCUUCAAGCGCAAUGGAAUCCAGGCCAUGGUGGAGUUCGAAUCCGUCCAGAACGCCCAGAAGGCCAAAGCGGCCCUCAACGGAGCCGACAUAUACGCCGGCUGCUGCACACUGAAAAUCGAAUACGCUCGGCCCUCACGCCUCAACGUCAUCAGAAAUGACAACGACAGUUGGGACUACACCAAACCCUUCUUAGUCAGAAGAGAACGUGGUAAAGGCAGACAGAGGCAGGCCAUACUAGGGGAGCAUCCGUCCUCCUACAGCAACAAUGGUUACGGGUCACACUGCCCCCUGCUGCCAUUGCCCAGUAACAACCGGUUCAAGAGGAGUUCCCAUGAGGUGCCCGAUGUGGUGGCGUACCCUCUGCCCCAAACCUCCUCCUACAUUGGCCACUCCUCUAGCUCUGUUGCCAUGGUGAGUGGCCUGCAUCCCACCAAGAUGAACUGCACCCGCAUCUUCAACCUCUUCUGUCUCUAUGGUAACAUCGAGAAGGUGAAAUUUAUGAAGAGCGUGCCAGGCACAGCCCUGGUGGAAAUGGGGGAUGAGUAUGCUGUUGACCGUGCCAUCACACACCUCAACAGCAUCAAGGUCUUCAGCAAGAGGCUCAACGUGUGUGUGUCCAAGCAGCAUGCAGUCAUCCCCAGCCAGGUCUUUGAGCUGGAGGAUGGCUCCAGCAGCUACAAAGACUUCGCCAUGACCCGCAACAACCGCUUUACCAGCGCCGGGCAGGCCUCCAAAAACAUCAUCCAGCCACCCUCCUGUGUACUGCACUUCUACAACGUCCCUCCCUGCAUCACCGAGGACGACCUGCUGAGGUUAUGCACGGAGCAUGAUGUGCCAGGCUUCAUCAAGUUUAAAAUGUUCGAUGCCAAACCGAGCUCCAAAACCAUCUCGGGGCUACUGGAGUUCGACAGCAAGACCCACGCAGUGGAGGCACUGACAGUCCUCAACCAUUAUCAGAUCAGAAUACCCAAUGGCUCCAACCCCUACACCCUGAAGCUGUGCUUCUCCACCUCCUCCCACCUCUGAGAAGGAGCAGGGGGACACCCACUCAAGACCACUGCGCUGUUUACAUGGGACGAUAGAGAAAGGAAGAGCUACAGAACAUGAGGCAAGAGGAGGGGAGCAGGGGAUGAUGCACACUGUCAUGGCCCGUAGUGCGAGGACUUCAAGCGCAAAACACUCAAGAACCAUUUUCUUCGUUUUUUCUGACUCUUACACAUUUUUUGCCAUCCUUUUCAACAGCUGUCUCAGACUCUGGUGUAACCAGAAACUGACUGACUUCAUGAUAAAUGAGACAUGAUGAUGUCAUCCCAGCCAAUCCUAAUUGGCGACUGGCACUGAAGCUAUGUUUCCCAUGGCAACCGCAGCGAGAUAAAAUGAACAGGGAUGUAUUUUUUUGUUUGUUUUUGGUCUUUAGUUAAUUCCUUUUUUAAUGUUUUGUUUUCUGUUCUCUACCGAAUGUACAAAGCCCAAAAAUACAACACCCUGUGAUUUAUUGUUAUUCUAAUGUUACUGACCUGAUAAUUAGCUGGAUGAACCACUCAAUGAAUCUAACUGAAGUGGUGUAAUGAGAGGUGUAUGCUUAGACCUAGAGAAGAUAGAGGUGCCUGGGAAAUGAGCAACCUGUUAAUAGACUGUAAUUUAGAUUCUUCUGUGAUAUUUAUGUGUAUAGAUAACGAGUGAGUCAUGAGGUGAGACUUGCUGGGGCACAAGGGGCCUGAUUUGAUAAGCCAUGUAUAGCCAGUGCAAACACAGUAACAUGCUCUAUGUGUGGUUAAACUAUUAUUGGUGACCAGCUACUAGUUUUACCAGUCAAGAUCAUGUGCUUAAGGCUUCAUUAGGGUUGGCCCCUAGUGCAUUUAUUAAUGAUUGUCAAUAGUGGGGAUGGGAUGUUAGCUGUACAUGACACUGUUGCUCCAUAGCCAGACAAGAUGACUUAUAAAGGUAUCUGAAAUGGCCUGUGCCAGUCAUUGGGAUGUUUACACAUCUCUUCGGUUUAUUUGAUGGGUGACAGGUCACGUAGUAGCGCUGCACGAUAAGGACAAAAUGCUAGUAUCAUAUUGCUGAAGUCAUGCAGCAUUCUGUGGUCUGCGUCUUGCCUGCAUGAGGAAAUCCAGGUCUAAGCAGAUUUUCUGUAUGAGAAGUAUGAAUAAUGCAUUUUGUCUUGUGUUCAUUUUCCCCUGACUGUUACUGGAUCCUCAGAGUUAUGAGGUAAUUUUAGAAGUAAAAAUACAAAUAAUGCUACAUGAAUUACAAGCAUCCUAACACUCCCACAUGCUGAAAUGAAGUCUACUAUUAAAACCUAAUUCCAAAAAGUUUGGGACAGUAAGUUUAAGGCACAUAAAAUUAGAAAGCAGUGAUUUAUUAAUCUACUUUGACCUGUAUUUGAAUUAAAAAGUACAGUUUUCUAAUCGCUGUUUCAGUUUUAUUAGCAUAGCACUGUCUCAGUGAUGUGGGAAUUGGGUUUGUAUAUGAUGUCAAUUCAGUGCACAGCAGUGUAUAUACCAGUAUUCGAAAUUUAGCUCCUUAACGACCUCAUAAUUCAGAGGAUUUUAUUUUUACCUCAGGGUGCAAUAGCAGUGAUUUUGAAAAUGCCAUUAAGUUUUAUCAUAGAGAGAACCAGUUUAGACCCAGAGUUUCUAAUAGAGCAUGACACCAACUACUACAGCGGCAUAUUGUGAUUGCAAUUCACCUUCCAUUAUAUUAAUAACACCUUAAGUUGAUGAUGUGGCAUGACUAAAAAGACUAGAGCGCAUUAUUUUGACCAAAAUAAUGUGCUCUUGUUAAAUAACUUGAAUCAUCAAAACACCCACAGAAACACUCAUUUUAAACUGAUUGGUCAAAAUGCACAUGACUGUAAAAAUCAUUGUGCCUCGUUCACCGUUUUUCCUGAAACUCACUUUUUCCCAAACUCACAGUUUUCGUGAAGAUUCUGAUAUUCACCAGUGGUUUCUUAUUUGAGAUUUGUUCUUAGGUAAGAACAGAAUUUACACACACUCAAGAGCACAAAGUUGCAAACAGUUCUGGGGUUUAAGAACACGACAGGAAUCUGAUGUAGAUUUUUUUUUAGGACUUUUCUCAAGAACAGAUUUAAGAAAAGGACCAUUGUGAUGGUUAGAGAUGCUUAUUUGCAUAUUGCAGACCAUUAUCGCAAUAAUGUUGAACAAGUAAUAUAUUGUGUAGACUUCACCUUUUUGCAUGGGUGCAGAAAGGGAUCAGGAACGGCUUUUGGCUCAACUAAAAAAAUUAAAACAGGCAAGAAAGUUCUUAAAGUUUGAAAUCCAUACUCCAGCUAGUCAAACUGUGGAGCACAGUGUGAUAACAGCUAUGGGAGGAGCCUUGCAGAUCCAUAGGUCAUGUGUACGGUAUUCUCAGUUUACUUGUCCAUGUGUGUAAUUGGCACUUCACCAUAUCUGCAGUUCACUGUGAGCAUGUCCAGCCAUUAAAACAUUUGCCAGUUGA